AAAAACUAAAAUAAAUUUCGCAGAGUGCUUGCUUGACGCAGCCUGCCUUCUCCCUCCAGGAAGCCCAGCGUCCAGGGUUGAGCGUCGGUUAGCAACCAGGUAAAAGGUAUUAAUUAGGAAUGGAAUCCCGGCGGAGGCGUGUCCUGACGUCCAUCUUCUUGAUGACCCUCCUGGUCUCAUCGGCCCACUGCCUCGAAUUUGGUCGGAAGAAGAAGAAGAAGCCCGAUGGUCCCAUCAAGACGGUUGUGAUUCUGGUGAUGGAGAAUCGGUCCUUUGACCACAUACUCGGCUGGCUCAAAUCUUCCCGCCCCGACAUCGAUGGCCUCACUGGCCGCGAGUCCAACCGCCUCUCCACCUCGGAUCCCUCCUCUCCGGAGGUCUUCGUCUCCGAUGAUGCCGUCUUCAUCGACUCCGAUCCAGGCCACUCCUUCCAAGCCAUCCGUGAGCAGAUCUUCGGAUCGGAAGACACCUCCGCCGACCCCGCCCCCAUGAACGGCUUCGCCCAGCAGGCCGAGUCCAUGGGGGAGGGCAUGGCCCGCACCGUCAUGAGUGGCUUCACCCCCGACUCCGUCCCCGUCUACACGGCCCUCGUCAACGAGUUCGCGGUGUUCGACAGAUGGUUCGCCUCAGUGCCCACCUCCACCCAACCCAACCGGUUCUACGUCCAUUCGGCCACAUCCCAUGGGGCCUCCAGCAAUGUGCGAAAGGACCUCAUCCACGGCUUCCCACAGAAGACCAUCUUCGACUCGCUUGACGAGUCCGGCCUCAGCUUCGGGAUCUACUAUCAGAAUAUCCCGGCGACGCUCUUCUUUAAGAGCCUCCGGAAGUUGAAGCAUAUCACCAAGUUCCACAACUACAAGCUCACCUUCAAGCUUCACGCCAAGUGGGGCAAACUCCCCAAUUACGUUGUCAUUGAGCAGCGCUACAUGGACGUGGAGCUCUUCCCGGCCAACGAUGACCACCCGUCGCACGACGUCGCUCGUGGCCAGAGGUUUGUGAAGGAGGUGUACGAGACGCUCCGGUCCAGCCCGCAGUGGAACGAGACCGCGCUUCUCAUCACCUACGAUGAGCACGGCGGCUUCUAUGAUCAUGUCCCCACGCCCGUCUUCAAUGUGCCCAAUCCGGACGGCAUCAUUGGCCCAGACCCCUUCUUCUUCAAGUUUGACAGGUUGGGCGUCAGAGUCCCCACCAUCCUCGUCUCCCCCUGGAUCGACAAGGCCACAGUGAUCCAUGGGCCUAAUGGGCCUACUCCAUAUUCUCAUUUUGAGCAUUCAUCUAUUCCUGCAACAAUAAAGAAAUUGUUCAACCUUAAUUCAAAUUUUCUGACUAAGAGGGAUGCAUGGGCGGGUACCUUUGAGAGCUACUUCUCCAUCCGCAAGAGUCCUCGAACUGAUUGUCCUGAGAAACUCCCAGAAGUUACCAAGUCACUUAGGCCGUUUGGACCGAAGGAAGAUGCUGCACUUUCAGAAUUUCAGAUGGAGCUGAUCCAGCUUGCAUCUCAGCUGGUUGGUGACCACGUCCUCAAUACCUAUCCAGAGAUUGGAAAAGGCAUGUCUGUGGGUGAAGCUAAUCAAUAUGCAGAGGAUGCAGUUGCAAGGUUUCUGGAAGCUGGAAGGGCUGCACUGAGGGCAGGGGCCAAUGAGUCUGCAAUUGUGACAAUGAGGCCUGCACUCACUAGCAGGACCAGUGGAGCCACUUCCACUCUUCACCAAAGCGGGUGAAUUUAGCUGCUAAGUUAUUGAUAUAAAUCAUGAACCGUACAAGGAUACAUGUAUAUUUAUGGACACGUAGCAUUAUUGAAUCACUUAUAUAUGUAUGCUUAUUCGCUGGCCUGAUGAGAUAAA